AUGAGCAUGCUCAAUCCCUUCGCCAGCCCCGACGACGCAAACAGCAAAGAUAACGACGAUGCCGCGCUCGCACCAAACGCCGACGCCCACAGUCAAAACCAAUCCGCGCUGAAGCACCCGAGUCUGGCCACGGUCCCGAACAUCAACCAGCACAGUCGAGGUCCACCAUCGCCAAGCAGAAGCAGCGGGUCGAUCAUGUUCGCCGAACCAGAUACCCGGAGCAACAGCGAAGACGGGUCACGCGAGGGCAGUUUUGACGGCCUCAAGCGCGCGAAGAGAGCCGCGCGACCAAAGACGCAAUUCAGCAUAUGCCACCCGCCGACAGAAUCAAAGACAUUGCAAAAGCUUCAUCGACGACCACGAUCGUUACUACAAUUCCACAAACUGAGCGCCAAUGCCCGACCCCGGCCGUCGCUCGAAAUCAUUCCAUCCAUCAACUUUAGUGUCAAGUUACAGCGUGCGAUUACCAGGGUGUUCAAAUCGAAGCACAGUCUAUGUACCAAUGAUUUGGUGGUGUUGAAAGCAGAGAAGUACAGUCGAGAGGAGGCGGAUGUGGAGCAGGAGAUGCGCGAUGUUGUUGGCUUGAUCUGCAAGGGCAAGAAAGAUGAAGAGAAGAAUGCGGGCGGCAAGGCGCAAAUUCACAUGGCAAAUGGCAAAGUCUGGGAGGCAUAUCCGACACCCAACGGCGGAUACGAAUUCUUUACUGCCGACGAACACGGCUUGGGACUGACGGUAAGGUGGGUGCCAAAGAAAUCGAAAGAUGGCAAGGUCGCAACGAAAGCCGGGAAGCGCCGCUUCAACUUCAGCACGAUUUCGCCCAAUAGCCGAAAACAUCCGAUCAUUGCGACUUUAUCUAGUACUGGCCUCGAUGUCAACGAUACUUACAAGAUGCCUGAUGGAGCUGCUGUCACCCCGCUGAGCACGCCCAAAGCCACGACGACCGUCCUGGAAGAGGCCAUGAACGACGAGGAUGAGCAGCUGCAACACGAAACGGACGACCAACUACGCGAGAUCAUCACCAUGACUGCGAUCUGGGUGGUAUUCAAGGAAGGUUGGAGCCCAAACUUCAAGUAUGAAGACAAGGACAAGGAAGGCGCCAUCUUUGGUACCUCCCCCGGAAAGACCGGAUCGACCCCAGUCAACACACCGCCUGGAUCGCCUGCACAAAUUCCCAUGGACAAGCGUUCUAGUUUGAAAAGCCUUAGCUCUGGCAUCAUUCGAAGAACCAGCGUACUCAGCAGAAGCGCAAGAAGUAGUACCUAUUCUGUGCGCGAAGAAGAUGAGCCAAUCGAGUCGCCAGCUCCAAGUCGGUCAGCCAGUGUGGUCAGCAGAACAGGUCGAACCCGCGCCGACUCGACAGCGACAGUCCUCGUCCACCGUGCAGCAAGCAACCGCCGCAAAAACAACCAGCAAGCAACAUGGCGCCCCGACCUCAUAGUCAGCCAGGACCCACUCCAAGAGACCUCGCGCGAAGACCUCUCUCGAGAAUUCAAUUCCACCCCGACCCCGAAGAAGAAGCCCUCACCUUUAGCCAACGGCGAGAACACUCACCAACGCAAGGACCGACAGCCGCGUAUACGGGAUUCAGUCGACAAGCCCGAGCACCGCGAGAGUCUGGCCACGGAUACGUCAGCGAGUUCGACGCCUGCUAAGGUCGUCGACGAUGGAGCAGUUCCGCCUACGUCGUCGUCGAACGGGACGGUCCGUAUAAAUCGCAAGGCGAAGAGGAAGAGUGGAGGGUGGAGGAGGCUGUUGUGUGGGAGUAGUGAUGUGUGA